AUGAGUGGUGGACCUGGAUUUGUUGGGAUCAAGUUUUGUCCGGAGUGCAACAAUAUGCUGUACCCGAAAGAGGACAAAGAAAACAGACAGCUAUUAUAUGCGUGUAGGAAUUGUGACCACAAGCAGAUUGCAGAUAACCCUUGCAUCUAUGUUAAUAAGUUGACCCACGAAGUUGAUGAAUUAACUCAGAUAGUCGCUGAUGUUAUAUAUGACCCCACGUUGCCAAAGACAGAAGACCACCCUUGUCCAAAAUGCAAAGGAAGAGAAGCCGUUUUUUUCCAGGCGCAGUCGAGGAGGGCCGAGGAAGAGAUGCGUUUAUACUAUGUAUGCACCAAUCCGGACUGCACUCAUCGCUGGACUGAUUAG